GACGUGAGCGGGGCGGGGCGGUGUCAGCGAUCGGGCGGUUGGGCGCGCGGGGCUGCCGGUUGCCUGGAGACGGAGGCCGUGAGCUCGCGGGCCGUGCGGGGGGGGGGGGGAGGGGAGAGGGCAGGGCAUCCAUAGGAGGUGAGGAGAGAAGAGGGACGACUCCGCUCCACUCAGAGAUAUAGUACGUGCUGUUACACCAGGACUAAGUAUUUAUAGCAGCCGCAUGUGGAGCUGCUACUGCGAGCAGGGUUAAAACUUCUUUCAACACUUGGAAAGGACUGGGAAUCGUGCAAUUGACGAGAACGAGGGAUGUUACAUUCCAGGGAAAUCCUAGGGAUUCAAAGCCCGACUGAUUAAUACGGUCUCUCACGGUGAAAGGGCCGUGUGAACCAUCAUCUAACUUGCUGAAGCGAGAGGGAUUUGCAACAAAACAUACACAGUACUGUACCGCGAUUAACUGAGUUGGCGGUGUGACGAACCAUAGGAAAGUGAAGCGGGAGCCACGGAUGGAAUUGUCCUUGAGGACAAUUGUGUGUCGUUUUCAGCAGAGAGGUCAAAAUGGGAAGAUCCUAUUGAUGUUGCCAAGACCACCCUGGUGCCCACCGUGCCCGGACCUGAUUGUGUAUUGGUCGCCAUGUGACAGGACAGGACGAUGACCGUUACUGAAAGGCUACGUGAAAAGACAUCCCAAGCCUUCUAUAACCAUGGGCUACUGUGUGCAACCUACCCCAUCCCCAUCAUCCUCUUUACUGCCAUCUGCAUCUUGGCAUGCUGCUACCCCUUAUUAAAGCUGCCGCUGCCUGGAACGGGACCUGUGGAGUAUACAACACCUGUGAAGGACUAUUCCGUGCCCCCACUGCACCCCACCUCAAAACAGGCCGACCAGGGUGAUCGACCCGACUGGUACGUGGGACCUCCUGUGGCGUACAUCCAGCAGAUCUUCGUGAAAGCCAUUGUGUCUCCCUGGAACAAGAACCUGAUCGCUGUGGAUGCCUUCCGUGCCCCGCUGUCAAAGGCCUUUCAGCUGGUGGAGGAAAUCAGGAACCACCUCUUACAAGAUGGAGCUGGGAGCAAAAGCCUUGAAAAUGUUUGCCUCCAGGUGACCGAUCUACUCCCUGGGUUAAAGAAGCUGCAGAAUCUCCUUCCUGAACAUGGCUGCCUUCUCAUCUCUCCAGCCAGCUUCUGGCAGAAUGACCGUGAGCGCUUCAAUAACGACCCGGACAUCAUCAGAACCAUUCACCAACACGAACCCAAGCCGCUACAGACCUCUGCCUCUAUCAAAGACCUGCUGUUCGGAGUGCCUGGGAAGUACAGCGGGGUCAACCUAUACAAUCGCAAGCGUCUUGUUUCCUACACGGCCACUGUCAUUCUGCAGGAAUACGACUCCAGGUUCCUCAACAGUCUUCGAUCACGGCUGAAGCACCUUCACCCCAGUGUGAACAGCACCCUGAGAGAGGACCAGAUUAUCCACGUCCAUUUUAAGGAGGAGAUUGGCAUCGCUGAACUGAUUCCUUUGGUCACCACCUACAUCAUUCUCUUCGCUUACAUCUACUUCUCUACCAGAAAGAUCGACAUGGUGAAAUCCAAGUGGGGACUUGCCCUGGCUGCCGUGGCCACGGUUCUGAGCUCCCUCCUCAUGUCUGUGGGACUGUGCACCCUCUUCGGCCUCACACCUACUCUCAACGGAGGGGAGAUCUUUCCGUACCUGGUUGUGGUGAUUGGGCUGGAGAACGUGCUUGUCCUCACAAAGUCGGUGGUCUCCACUCCCGUGGAUCUCGAAGUCAAACUGCGAAUAGCUCAAGGCCUGAGCAAUGAAAGCUGGUCCAUCAUGAAGAACAUGGCGACUGAACUCAUCAUCAUCUUGAUUGGAUACUUUACGCUGGUUCCUGCUAUUCAGGAGUUCUGCCUGUUUGCUGUGGUCGGACUCGUUUCCGAUUUCUUCCUGCAGAUGUUUUUCUUCACCACAGUCUUGUCCAUCGAUAUCCGCCGCAUGGAGCUGGCUGACCUGAACAGACGUCUGCCCUCAGAAGCCGUGCAGGACAUCCCCGACCACCUACGGUUGCCUCGCUCCAAGUCAACCCCACGGCAGACCAGGUCUGAGCGCCAGCCCGCUAUCAGGCAGACCGCUCCCUACACCAUCUCCCUGCCACCCUCCUCGUUUCGUAACCUGCGGCUGCCCAAGAGACUGCGAGUGGUCUACUUCCUCGCCCGGACCCGGCUGGCCCAGAGAAUCAUCAUGAUGGGGACGGUGAUCUGGAUCGGGAUCCUGGUGUACACUGACCCGGCCGGACUCCGGACCUACCUGGCGGCACAAGUGACGGAGCAGGGCCCCCUGGGGGAGAGCGGACUGCCUCCUCUGGCCGUGCCCCCUGGAGUGUUCCGCCGGGGGGCGGCCGAGGACGGCCUGCCCGGGUUCCCCCACCAUGUGACUCCGGCCCUGGAGAACCAGUCUCGCGACACCGAGCGGGGCAAAGUCCCGGGGCCCAUCGACUCCGUGCCUCUGGUGGCCCCCCAGAAGAUGGCCGAGGAAGGCAAGCCGCUCGUUCCACCCGAGGCCAGCCCCCCGGACAGCGACCCCAAGGUGGAGAUCACCUGGGGUUCCCAGGACGAGGAGAUGUGGCGGAAGCUCUCGUUCCGACACUGGCCCAGUCUCUUCAGCUACUACAACAACACCCUGGCCAGGAAAUACGUCAGUAUUCUUCCCAUCAUCCCGGUCUCCUUCCACCUCAGCCUGCAGGACGUGCUGGAGGCACGGCACCCGCAGGACGCCAAGAGAUACCAUCCGGUCUUCCCCGCCGAGGGCAAACACCCUGAUGGAAACUGGCUCGGGGACCCCCAUCAAGCGGGACAGACACCCAGGCUCCCAGCUCACUUAGACAUCACUCUCUACAAAGUGGCAGCUUUGGGCCUUGCCUCGGGGGUCCUGCUUGUUAUCGUGCUGUAUUGUCUGUAUAAGGUCUUCUGCCCCAAAACUUACGGGCAGGGGGGCUUCUCUCAUGGCCGGCGACGGCGGGGGGACCUUCCCUGUGAUGACUACGGCUACUCUCCCCCCGUCAGCGAGACUCUCCCCCUGAUUCUCAAGGGACAUCUCAUGGAUAUCGAGUGUCUGGCCAGCGAUGGGAUGCUGCUGGUCAGCUGCUGCCUGUCGGGACAGAUCAGAGUGUGGGACGCACAGACAGGGGACUGCCUAACUGUCAUCCCAAACUCAGGGUUCCCGAGAGACAGCUGUGGUUACUGUGAGCGUGAGGAGAGCUGGGAUCACCUGGGCCUGGAGGGUUCGGACGUUGAGAACGGUGCGGACGAGGUGUUCGAGCGGAGACCGGGGCCUGCGCUGUUCACUGACCAGCCCGACCUCUCCGCCCUGAUAGACACCAACUUCUCGGAGCAGGUCGGGUCGGGAGGCGGCUCCGACAGGCCCGUCGGCGGCUACGACUUUGGCAGAACGUGUCGGAAGGUGUACGAGGACCACAGGGCCCUGAGCGCCCAGACGGCCCGGGCCUUCCCCUCCCCUGCCUUGAGGUGCUCGCAGACGUCGGUCAACCUGCAGGCCCAGAACCGGGACGGGGGCUGCAACCAGCGGCGGAGGAGCCUGGGCGACGAGCCCCUUCCCGUCUUCGAGAAGGCCCCGCAGCCGCCUCCCUGGGGCGGGGAUUGCGAGAGCGCGGUCUGGAGUCUCGGAAUCCAAGGCAACCUGAUUGUGGCAGGAAGAAGCACAGGGCGUCUCGAGGUUUGGGAUGCGAUCGAGGGGACUUUACGCUGCAGUAAUGACGAGGGUUCGUCUGGGGUCACAGCGCUGGCGUUUGUCUCAAGCAGGAUCGUCGCGGCCAGACUGAGCGGAACCCUAGACUUCUACUGUCUGGACACCAAUAAAUCCUUCAACCAACUGCAGUACCGAGGGACUCCGCCAGGCAGAGGCAGCAUUCCCUCGUCCCCGGUGUUUGGCAGUGAGGACCUGCUGCUGUGCCGGCUAACACACACGAUAGCCUGCGCCCACCAGAAGCCCAUCACCGUGCUGAAGGCAGCCGCCGGGAGAGUGGUGACAGGCAGCCAGGACCACACACUCCGGGUUUACCGGCUGGAGGACUCGUGUUGUCUCUACACGUUACAGGGACAUUCAGGGGGGAUCACAGCGAUCUACAUAGACCAGACCAUGGCGCUGGCCAGCGGCGGGCAGGACGGAGCCCUGUGUCUGUGGGAUGUAUUGACGGGAAGCCGGGUCAGCCACAUGCACGGACAUCGGGGGGACGUAAUCGCGCUGGUCUGUACCUCCAGCUGUGUGCUGAGCGGGGGGCUCGACGAUAUCAUCUGCAUCUGGGAUCGUUAUACAGCCAUCAAGCUCUACUCCAUCCAGCAGGACCUGGGUUGUGGUGCCAGCCUGGGUGUAAUCUCUGACCACCUGUUGGUGACGGGCGGGCAGGGCUGUGUCAGCCUGUGGGACGUUGGCUAUGGAGACCUGCUGCAGACCGUGUACCUGGGCAAGAACAACGAGGCUCAGCUGGUGCGGCAGCUGCUGGUGUUAGACAAUGCGGCCAUCAUCUGCGACUUCGGGAGCGAACUCAGCCUCGUCUACUUCCCCUCCGUGCUGGAGAAACUGGACUGAGGGAAGAGAGCGCGAGAGAGAGAGAGAGAGAGAGAGUGAGACAGCAAGCAGCGCUGGGGGUGGGGGGCUGUGGGUGGGCUCACUGCACCCCGGCUCACAGCUUCCCCCCCCGCCCCACCCUCCGGGACACUACUCUGCGGGG